AGCCCUGUUUGACUAUGACCGGACUCGGGACAGUUGCUUGCCCAGCCAGGGGCUCAGCUUCUCCUACGGAGAUAUCCUGCACGUCAUCAAUGCCUCUGAUGAUGAGUGGUGGCAGGCCAGGCUUGUCACACCCCAUGGCGAGAGUGAGCAGAUUGGUGUCAUCCCCAGCAAGAAGAGGGUGGAAAAGAAGGAGAGAGCACGAUUGAAAACAGUGAAGUUCCAUGCCAGGACUGGCAUGAUUGAGUCCAACAGGUCGAUCAAAACGAAACGUAAAAAGAGUUUUCGCCUCUCUCGAAAGUUUCCAUUUUACAAGAGCAAAGAGAACCUGGCCCAGGAGAGCAGCGGACAGGAACAGGGCGUGACAUCAAACACCAGUGACAGCGAGAGCAGUUCCAAAGGACAAGAGGACACUAUCCUGUCAUACGAGCCAGUGACACGGCAAGAAAUUCACUAUGCGAGGCCGGUGAUCAUCCUGGGGCCGACGAAGGACCGAAUUAAUGAUGACCUCAUCUCUGAAUUCCCACACAAGUUUGGUUCCUGCGUGCCCCACACCACAAGGCCUCGGCGUGAGAAUGAGGUGGAUGGACAAGACUACCACUUUGUCGUAUCCCGCGAACAGAUGGAGAAAGACAUCCAGGACAACAAGUUCAUAGAGGCUGGGCAGUUCAAUGACAACCUCUAUGGGACCAGCAUUCAGUCGGUGCGGGCAGUGGCGGAGAGAGGAAAACACUGCAUCCUGGACGUGUCUGGCAAUGCUAUCAAGAGGUUGCGACAAGCACAACUUUAUCCCAUUGCCAUUUUCAUCAAACCAAAAUCCAUUGAAGCUCUCAUGGAGAUGAACCGGAGACAGACAUAUGAACAGGCCAACAAGGUCUUUGACAAAGCCAUGAAACUUGAGCAAGAGUUUGGAGAGUAUUUUACAGCCAUCGUACAAGGAGACUCUCUCGAAGAGAUUUACAGCAAAAUCAAACAGAUCAUUGAGGACCAGUCUGGGCACUACAUCUGGGUCCCGUCCCCAGAGAAGCUCUGAAGAUGUUCCCCCACCUGCUUCGCUGUGAGCAGAAGAUCUCUGAAGUCCUACCCAUCCAAGCCCUCUGCCCCGAGUGGGAGGGAUAUGAAAACUAUUCCUGCCCCCUUUUUUAGAUCGUCGCAAAAUUGAGUUUUCUAGUCCUGUUUCUUUUGUUGGGAUGAACUCAUAUCAUUCAUCAUGUGACUGUUCCCACCAUUCCUGCAUGGACCUUCCCACUGCUCCAUUAGAGACAGAUGAGAACCCAUUCAAGGUCGUUUUUUUAUUAUUAUUA